GGCAUUAUAUAAGGGCAUCAAGCAUCAACCAUCUUUACCAUCCAUAGACUAAUACUACAUAGCAACUCUAGUUAAGCUCAUCAUCUUUAUUAUUUCCAAGCUAAUUAAAGAGAUGGCGUUUAAUUAUCCUAAAACACAUCUCUUCCACUUUGCUCUUUUUCUAGUUUUAAUCUUAAGAUCUGCAAAUGUUGAGGGUCUAAAUGUGGGGUUUUACGCUAAUUCAUGUCCUUUAGUUGAAUCCAUAACAAGCAAUGUUGUCAAACAAACUCUUUCUGUGGCACCUUCUCUAUCUGGCCCCUUGUUGAGAAUGUUUUUCCAUGAUUGUUUCGUUAGGGGAUGUGAUGCUUCCGUCUUGCUAGAUUCACCAACAAAUCAAGCAGAGAAAGAUUCAAUUCCGAAUCAAACCCUUAGAGGUUAUGAAAUCAUUGAUAGAGUCAAAAGCGCACUGGAAAUGCAUUGUCCAGGCGUUGUUUCAUGUGCUGAUAUAAUAGCCUUGGUUUCUAGGGACGUUGUGGUUCAGACUGGAGGAGUCUCAUGGAAGGUAGAAACAGGAAGGCGAGAUGGUCGUGUUUCAGUACUCAAUGAGGCUUUAAGUGAAUUGCCACCACCUUUUUUUAAUAUAACCUCCUUGAAAUCACUUUUCCAACGAAAAGGACUCAGCGUAAAGGAUCUUGUUGUUUUAUCUGGUGCACACACUAUAGGCAUAUCUCAGUGUGCAGCAUUCACAAACCGCCUGUACAACUUCUCCGGAACAGGUGACAUCAACUCUUUUGACCCAACAAUGGAUCCUAACUAUGUUGCCGCAUUAAGGAAGAAAUGUAUUAGAAAUGGUCCAAAUGUUUUCGUCGAAAUGGAUCCUGGAAGUUCCAAGGUAUUUGAUGGCCAUUACUACGAGCUCGUGUCGAAAAGAAGAGGGUUAUUUCAAUCUGAUGCUGCUUUACUUGAUAAUGCUGAGACUAGAAAUUAUGUUGAAACUCACAAGAUCAGUGGUAACCAAGGAAACUUCUUUAAAGACUUUGCAGUUUCCAUGGUAAAUAUGGGAAGAAUUGGUGUUCUUACAGGUAAUGCUGGUGAAAUAAGAAAAGUUUGUUCAAGAAUUAAUUGAAUUGUGUAAGUGUGUAGAAUAAAAUUCUCGAUCAGUCCAACUUAUAAGAGAUUUUCACAAAUGUGGAACAUAAUAAAAUAAAAGUACGUGGGACGACAAGUAUGAAGUAAUAUAUAUAUUGAUUCUUAGCUUGGAGUAGUGGGAUGCAUGCAUGAGAGGUAUUGUAUGUACCUGCCGAGCAUAAGUAAGAAGAUCUUCUGUCCUGAAAUCAAGUGGUUAGAUCGGAGUAAUUGUUGCUUAUACUCAUGCUCAUAGCUUGUUUGUUUUUUUUGUUUUAAAUAGAACAAUCUUCCAUCAUAUCUCAACAAAAUGUAAUGAGAAGUUUGGAAUUCUUUGUACCGUAUUAAUGGCAAUAAAUACAUACUUUCUUUGUUUC